AUGUCGACCUCCCUUCACGGUUUUCAGUCCGAGGAACGAGAAUGUGCCUUCACCGAAAACCUUCCAGUGGCGGAUCCUCACAGUGGAUCAACCAAUAAACUUCGAGGAGUGGUGCGAGAAAACGGCACAGUUCGCUGCAGCCGCGGCUCGCGCUGCUAUGGAUUGUGGGAAAAGAGAGCAGACGGGGAAAUACACCUGGUGAACCAAGGUUGUUGGGCUCUACAGCAGAAGUGUAAUGGCGAUCGUUGCCUGGUAACGGCGACGCCCUCUGAGAUCCAAAAUGGCAACUUUAGGUUCUGCUGCUGCAACCGAGACCUCUGUAACGCCAACUUCACAGAGGCCCCGCCCACCGCUGACACCCCCGCCCUGAAGCCGAUAAGGAGAGAUGGUCCAGACGACGGACAGACAGGUGAGCAGGCGCUCAUCGCCCUGUUGACUGUCGCUGUAGCAGCCAUCGCCAUCGUGGCAUUGUUCCUAGGAUACCGCAUGAUGAGAGGGAAACAGAAACACAGUCUGUCAGCUCUGGAUGUCAUGGAAGCUGCAAACUCAGACUCUGUCGACCUGGAUAAUCUGAAACUACUGGAGCUGAUUGGUCGGGGUCGUUACGGUACGGUGUUUCGCAGCUCUCUUAACGAGCGCUGCGUGGCCGUGAAACUCUUCACCUCAGCCAACCGACAGAACUACGCCAACGAGCGUUCCAUCUACUGCCUGCCACUGCUGCAGCAACACGACAACAUCGCCCGCUUCCUGAGUGCCGACGAGAGGACGACGGCCGACGGGAGACUGGAGUCCCUGAUCCUGAUGGAGUAUUACCCACAUGGCUGUCUGUCUCACUACCUGUCUGUCCACACGGUGGACUGGGUGGCGUGCUGCAGGAUGACUCACGGCGUCACCAGAGGACUGGCCUUCCUGCACACUGAGCUCUACAGAGGAGAUCAGUACAAACCCCCCGUGGCUCACAGAGACGUGACCAGCAGGAAUGUUUUGGUCCGGGCCGAUCUCUCCUGCGUCCUCGCUGACUUCGGCCUGUCCAUGAGGCUGACGGGAAGCCGGCCCUGUCGCCCUGGAGACGACGACACCAUGGCGAUAUCUGAGGUGGGGACGGUGCGGUACAUGGCUCCGGAGGUUCUGGGCGGGGCUCUGAACCUGAGGGACUGUGAGUCGGCGCUGAAGCAGGUGGAUGUUUACGCUCUGGGUCUGCUCUACUGGGAGAGCUUCAGGAGGUGCUCACACCUGUUCCCAGGUGAAGCAGUACCUGAGUACCAGCUGGCGUUCCAGGCAGAGCUUGGGAAUCAUCCAAGCUUUGAGGAGAUGCAGAUACUCGUUGCCAGAGAGAAAUACAGACCCAGAUUCCCUGAAGCCUGGAAGGAGAACAGUCUGGCGUUACGUUCCCUCAAAGAGACGAUGGAGGACUGCUGGGAUCAGGACGCUGAAGCUCGACUCACCGCUCAGUGUGCGGAAGAGAGACUGGCUGAACUCACACUGCUGAGUACACACACUGCAGUACACAACCACAGAAAUCUGUCCCAAGGCUGCUGGCCCCUUCAGGUUGGCUCCUCCUCCUCGUACAUUGAGGAUGUCCAGGUAGGUGUGGUUAAGAAUCUCCAGGGAGAUGGCCAAGCAGCUCUGGUAAUUAAGACAACAACAAGUGGAGCAGAAUGUUUUGAAAAGAACAGAAACUCCAUCAACUACGAACGCCAACAGGCACAGAGUCAGGCUAGAUCGUCCAAUCAAGACAUCAGAGUGCCGACCAACACUGCCCUGACAUCUACCACCCUCCUCCGCAGUGUCUCUGAGUCUGAGCACAACGGUGGUGCUGUGCCCAGAGUCCCAGUCUGCCUGCAGCUGACAGAAGAAGACUUGGAGGCCACCAAACUUGACCCUAAAGAGGUUGAUAAAAACUUGAGGGAAAGUUCAGAUGAAAACUUGGUUGAGCAUUCGCAGAAACAAUUUGGUUCAACAGAGCAACAAACUACCAACCUGCUGUACAAUAAGACGCUACCAACUGAUGAGGUGAACAAUUCUGCACGGAUUACUCAGCAUGACUUGGGGGGUGUUAGUGGGGUGGACUCCCCUCUCUCCUCCUCCAUCCACCCCCUCCCCAAACAGCAGAACCUGCCUCAGAGGCCCACCAGCCUCCACCUUCUACCAAAAACUAAGGAGACCCCCUCGGCCUCUUCUCGUUUGAAGCUGGCAAAGCUCAAGUCAAACCACAGACAGGUGGAAACAGGUGUUGCUAAAAUGAACACAGUUACAGUCGGUUCCGCUGUGGAGCCCCACAUGGUGACAACAGUAACAAACAACACCAGCACAAGGGCCAAUGUUGCAACUGGGAACCAAAUAACGGUGGCCACCGCUGGCUAUAGCGCAGGUGUCCCCACCUUGGUGGCUAAUGGCAUAAUAGGUGGAGGUCGAACCAAUCCGGCAGGGCCACAGCUGGAGGAGGAAGACAAGACAGAGGGAGGGAUAAUAGUAGGAGAUGUUAACCGUAUGAACCUUCUCAACUCCAGUCCUGAUGAACAUGAACCACUGCUGAGGAGAGAACAGCCUCCUGCUGAGAGUGAACCCCCUCCUCAUCUGCAUCAUCAGCAGACACGAGCUGGAAACAUCCUGUCAGGGCGAGGCUCAAACUCCAACAACAACAACAAUACAAAUGCCCUAAGAUCAGACAUCAGGAUCCAGGGUGUUGAAUCUGAAGAAAUUAUUGGACCAGAGAUCAGCAACGGUUUGAUAUUCAACAGACCAAAACCUGAGCCUCACCAGCAGAUUGGUGAAUACCUUCCAGUGUCUCCAGUUAUAACUCUUGAUAAUAAGGUUAUGCUUUCUAGUCCACCAGAAGUUAUACCAGGCUGCAGGGAUCAAGAUUCUGGCUCAGCACCAAGCUUGGCAAAUUCUUCAGAAGUGCUUGUCCCAGAGGGCCAAGAAAUGCUAGCUUCACAAGCACAGGACCAGGUUAUCAUAACCUCAACCUCAUCUCCAAAAGAUCCGUUUGUAGAGGCCUUAGCCUUUGCACCGGAAAUUCAAGAUCUGAAAAUUCAAUCCUCAGAUCCAGAAACUCCAGUCUUGAAUCCAAGUGUUUCAUCUUUAGAGGUUCAGGACUCAAAUAUCCCAGAAUCUCAGCCACUGGAAACUCAAGAUCCAGAGAGUACAUCUCUGGCAAAAGCUAAAGCGCUACAAUUACCCGCCCCGGGAAUACAGUCUCCAGUUCUGCUGCGGAACCACAAUAGGCCAGCAAAAGCCAAGAGGCCUGUUAGACCCUGUUCCCUGGAUUUGUCCACAACCUGCAUGUCCUCAGAUGAUGUUUCUCUGACAGACGACGGCAGUCUGAGCGCUUCAGGAGAGAAAAUAAAACGUCGUGUAAAGACUCCAUAUACCCUGAAAAAAUGGCGUCCUGCCUCAUGGGUCGUACCCACGGAUACAGCCUUUGACCCUGACUUCGAGUUCAACACCAGUGGCAGUAGCAGCAUUCAGAACCACUUUUCUUCUGGUCCUCUGAGAGCUGGAAGCUUUGGCAUCCCUAAAAUCAAUCAGUCAAAAUCAAGCAUGGCUGUCUUUUUGGUUGGAGGUGGAGCCACGGCGACCACAACCUCUGAGCCCGAUGGAAUGACCUGUUUCUAAAACUGUGGGAUUGAUGUUUUCUUUUUUAAAACUUUUUUUUUCUUCCUUUCUUUUUAUCAUCCCUGUUGUGGAAAAUAAGGACUGUCUGCUGCCCCCUUUAGCCUCCCCAACAGAAUCUGGACCUUACCCUGAAUAAGAAGCAACGAGUGAACAACAGUGAACCACAGUGACGCUGUUCUGUGGUUUUAUGACAGAAGUCAUGGGAUAUGAGAUCCAUCAAAUUAUAGGGACAGUUUACACAAAUUAGAACAGCAGUUGGAGUUUGGAUUGCUGGUUAUAUUUAAAUGUUAAUGAUUCAGUUUGAGACUUUAAGGAGGUUUGCCACAGAUACGACAGUCCAUUGACCAUUCGUCAUCGAGCUUUGAGGCUCAUGUCCACAAUGUCAAAAAUAUAUAUUUCCAUUUUUUUGAAGUGAGAAGACUCUACUUCUACUUGACCUCUGUUGUGUCUAGUCUUCUGGCUUGUGAAUUGGCUUGUACCCAGAAGCUAAAAAGUCUCCAUAGAUGAUUUGGUGAAAGAAGUCUGUGCAAGUUCUCAUGUCAUCCAGGUCAUGGUAAAUUCGAAGCUU